AUGUUUUGUCUCACCACAGGCGACAAAAUCUUCCGGUUCUACCGGACGAGACUCGAUCCUGGCUUCCCCAUCUCGGCCGCGCGCGCCGGCAUGCCAAAGUCGCCGGACGCCGCCCUGGUGCGGAGCGUGGACUACCGCGUGUACGUCCUGAAGGGCUCCCGCGUGUACGCCUUCGACGAGCUGACCAGGAAGAACGUGCCCGGCUACCCCCGGCCCAUCUACACCGUCUGGCCCGGCAUCCCUAAGCGCAUCGAUGCGGCCUUCCAGUGGCUGAACGGACGGACUUACUUCCUGAAGAGGGACCUGUACUGGAAGUUCGACGAGGACACGAACAUGCAGGAGAAGUGCAACCCUCGCGCCGUGUCCCACUCCUGGUUAUCCUGCUCCUCAGACAGGGUUAUAGGGGACUAGGGGCAGACGUUUUAGGGACUAGAGGCCAAUGUUUUGAAAUUGUGUAUAUAUUCAUGUAUGUGUCAUUGUUGAUGGGUUGUACGGAAUACAAUUUACAGUUUCGCAAUUUUAUUUGCUUUUACAAAAACUGUGCGGUCAGUCUUUGUAACUAACAUUGUUAAAAUGGAUGCAGACAUUUAGGUAAGACGUCGUAGUCGAAUAUAUACAUAUAUAUUCAAUGAUUACCUCUUUUGCAUCUUCCAA